CGGAAGUGGUCGUGUGUAGAAUGAGUUGGCAUACAUACCGGAAGUAGUUCAAUGUGUAGCGCAAUCAGGGUGCAGCAGAAGUUUUGACACAUUCCUGCAGGCCUUUCUGUGAAUAUUUCUGCUUUUACUUCAGAUUCUACUCACAGGUAGCCGUCAUGAGUCUUCAAUGGACGGCAGUAGCUACGUUUCUAUACGCCGAGGUGUUUGCAAUACUACUGCUAUGUGUCCCUUUCAUCUCCCCAAAACGAUGGAGCAAAUUUUUCAAGUCUAGACUGGUCACUGUCAUCACAACGUAUGGAAACACUGCCUUCAUCGUCAUCAUUUGUAUUCUUGUCUUUCUGCUCAUUGAUGCAUUUAGAGAAGUGAGAAAAUACAGUGUGUCAGAGAAAGUGGAUCUGACCAACAACCCCGUGGCCAUUGAGCACAUGCACAUGAAGCUCUUCAGAGCCCAGAGGAACGAGUACAUCGCCGGCUUCGCUCUGCUCCUGUGUUUGCUGUUGAGACGUCUGGCCACACUGCUGUCUCAGCAGGCUACACUGAUGGCCUCUAAUGAAGCCUUUAAAAAGCAGGCGGAGGGAGCAAAUGAUGCUGCAAAAAAAUACAUGGAGGAGAAUGAGAAACUGCAGGAGAAACUGCGGGAAGCGGGCGUUGAAGUGCCUGAAGUGGGUGGGAAGGCCAAGGGUGGCGUGGAGGAGGAUAAGAAAAAUCUGACAGAAGAGGUCAGGAAACUGAAGGAUGAACUCGACGCAACAAAGAAAGCUCUUCAGAAGUCAGACAGCGAUGUGAAGGCCAUGAAGAAGCAGGCUGAGAACCUCACAGUGGAGUACGACCGUCUGCUGGAGGAACACGGCAGACUGCAGGCCAAAUGCGACUCUCAGCAGGACAAGAAGUCAGACUGAGCGAACAUCAUCAUGCACCUGCUCUCUUUCCUGCAUCCUCAUUGGCUGAUAGCAGCUCAGAUGGCUGUGCUUCACUCCUCUGGCUGUGUAAGAACAGGGUUCUGUUCUUCACUCAUGCGCUUUCACGUGAUUCACUGAAGCCUCUGCAGGGUUUUCAGACACUGUCAUAUGUUUUCUUUCCAUUUAUGCUGUGAACCUCUGGUGUUUAAUUUUUAUUUCAAUUGUUUUGGUUAUAAACUAUCAGUUUAGAAUUGAAUAUAUCAGCUGACAUGAGUAUUACAUUUCUUGAUGUGGCCGUUUGUUUGUCAGGUACAUUGAGCCUCAUCAACGAAACACAAGCGGAGUGAAUUUAUGUUCAACCAAAAAUGAAAAUUUGCUUUAAAAUUACUCACCUUCAGGCUAUCCAAGAUGUAGAUGAGUUUUUUUCUUCAUCAGAACCGAUUUGAAGAAAGUUUAAAGUAAAAAAAAAAAAAAAAAGUCUCAAUUUGUUUUACAAACAGCUUUUUGCUACACAAGAUGUUUACUGAUAGACUGGAGUCAUGUGGUUUAUUGUAAUGUUUUUAUCAUCUGUUUAGACUGAUUCUCAUGGCACCCAUUCACUGCAAAGAAUUCUUUGUUCUUUCUUUAAAUGGCUAUAAUGAAUUGUAUGCCACAAUUUACAUAAGUCUGAUUUUUAUAAACAGUUUACAGAAAUUCAUUCAGCUUGAGAUUCAUAAAUGAAUCUCAUAUUUUAUAUAUGGAAGGACCAAGACCUUAAAGGAUAUUCUAGACUAGAUGUUUUUGAUGUGGUAAUUGUUGGGUUUCAAUAUUUUUUUUCAUCUUCAAUAACUACUUACAUUUUCUUGCCUUAUGGGAAAAAAAGUCUGUUUUUCUUUAUGAAUAUGGAGAUUUGGUUGCAUUACAGAUGCAUGUGUUGGUUAAUUUUAGAUGUUUGAUUUACAGGGUACACGACACUUUACAGCCAAUAAGCACCUAAGAAAGAAAAUCCCUCCAGUUUACCAUCGACAAGCCUCGUAGUCGUCAUUUUGACUGUCACACGUCAUGCUACAGGAAGAUAGCUCAUAUUUUUGGGGCUAUUGUAGAUCAGAGUGAAUAAACUGCUUCUUUCCAGUCCGGUCUGGUUUGAGGCCACUGAGUCUGUAUAAUCUGAUAUGAGCUCGGCAGGGCUGUUACAGUGGGUAAGAACGCUGCUUUGGCAGGAACAGUAAAGCAUCCACAGCUGAUAUUGUGUUUCAAAACACAGCACACUGUAUCUCUCGUCCUCUAGGUAUUGAAAGGAUAUUAACGUCACAUUUGAGGGCCACGCGUUAGUUUUGCAUUUAACACGAAGAUAACGUUUAUUAUCGCUAAAGGUCACCGGGUUGAACUCUGUUCACUUGCUCUUUCACAGUUUAAGUGCCCGGGGUUUCUUUGCUUCUUUUCUGGCAUGUGUAAAUAAUAUCUUUGCAAUCUGAGAGCAGUGCAACCUGAAGAAUCAACCGGAAUGACAUCAUAGCUGUGUUAAAAUAGGGAUCUGUGGGAACAACCUUAGCGCUGUUUUGGGCUCCCUGAGGAAAGGGCAUCGGGAUCACUGGUGGAGUGUCGGAUAAUUCAUAGUCAAGACCUCCUGGAUGGUUACCAAUCAUGAGAAUGUGAUGAAUGACAUCUGCUACCAUGACUCUAGUUUACUAUUUCAUGUGCUCAACGAUUGGUUAGAUUAGUGAAAUGUUAACCAGAGCACCAGUUCAAUGAAAAUGUCAGUGUAUACCUGAACAUUAAAUUGGCUGGAGUUCAUUUGAAUAGUUUAGAGGUCACGUCAUAUUACGUCAUUUUCAAACCCGUAAAUAAGCAAGUGAACUGUAUACUACUGUUAACGGGGCUCUUUCUUAAUAUGCAUUUCCAAAUGUAGCUUCUUCUUUCUGAUAUCAGGUUUUUACUUUGAGUUCUUGCAAAAAAAAAAAAAAAAACAGUGAUAGAAUAAACAAUGCUUGGGUGUCAUGAACAUGUUGUGAUUGCGUAGUUGUGUGUAAUGCACGGUUCUGAUAGUGCUGUUAUCUGCCUCGAAUGUCUUCAGGAAAGUUUUGUCUGCAAUAAUGUCAAUCUGCUUUAUUUCAUUAUGAAAUUUGAGUAUUAUGUGUUCUGGUGAUGUGCUUUAGUUGGGAUGUUAAAAAACAAAACCAAUAAAUUCUACUUCAUAUAUCUUG